AUGACUAAGGUGAUGCAAGGAAAAGACUUUCUGAAACUGUUGGAACGGUACUUAGCAAGGGCUACUGAGAACGUGAUCCACGGGGUGGACGAUAUUGUCACCGGACUUGAGGCGAACGAUGCGACUUUUCGGGAGAAAUACUACAUACCUGCUGUGGUGGAGAGCAAACGUCCUCACUACGUUAAGUCGAUCGACUUGACCAAGUUCCUGUCAAUGUAA